GUGCCCUCCCCGCCGAGUGCCCACGAUGGAGAAGUACCACGUCCUGGAAAUGAUCGGAGAAGGCUCCUUUGGGCGAGUGUACAAGGGGCGCCGGAAAUACAGUGCCCAGGUGGUGGCUCUGAAGUUCAUCCCCAAGGUGGGGCGGUCUGAGAAGGAGCUGAAGAACCUGCAGCGAGAAAUUGAGAUCAUGAGAGGCCUCCAUCACCCCAACAUCAUCCAGAUGCUUGACAGCUUUGAGACUGACAAGGAGGUAGUGGUGGUGACCGACUAUGCAGAGGGGGAACUCUUCCAGAUCCUGGAAGAUGAUGGGAGUCUGCCCGAGGAGCAGGUCCAGGCCAUAGCUGCCCAGCUGGUCUCUGCUCUCUACUACCUGCAUUCCCAUCGUAUCCUGCACCGGGACAUGAAGCCCCAGAACAUCCUGCUGGGAAAAGGUGGCAUCAUCAAGCUCUGCGAUUUCGGGUUUGCCCGUGCCAUGAGCAUCCACACCAUGGUGUUGACCUCCAUCAAGGGCACCCCCCUGUACAUGUCCCCGGAGCUGGUGGAGGAGCGGCCAUACGACCACACGGCUGACCUGUGGUCUGUGGGUUGCAUCCUGUACGAGCUGUUUGUGGGCACCCCUCCCUUCUACACCAGCAGCAUCUUUCAGCUUGUCAGCCUCAUCGUCAAGGACCCGGUCAAAUGGCCCAAGGACAUAAGCCCAGUCUUCAAGAGCUUCCUGCAGGGACUGCUGAUGAAGGAUCCCCGCCAGCGCCUGUCGUGGCCAGAACUGCUUUCCCACCCCUUCAUUGCUGGACGUGUCACUGUGAUUGAUGACACAGAAGAGCAUGGCAUCUUGAACCCCUUCACUACCAAGCUGACCCCAGAGCUGCAGGCCCUGAAAGAGAAACAAGCCCAUUCCCUGGCCCCCAGGAGCGGCCAGUCCAGGAUCCUGAGAAAGGCCCGGCAAAAGAUGGCUGAGGAGGCCCAGAAAAAGGGGCAGCUGAAGACUGAUGCAGCAUCUAUGAAGCACCCUGACAAAGGACACCAAGGGCGUAAAUGCAAAGCAGCUCCUGGGAAGACAGCUUUUGGGGAAGGAGACCCACCAGGUGCUGCCAAAGAGAAAUCCACAGGCAUCCUGCAAGGAGGGUGCAGCAUAGCAGAGUGGGAGCUGGAGGAACCUUCUCCUAGCGCAAGGGAGCACAGCAUCACUCGAGACUACGAGCAAGAGUUUCCUGAAACAGAGACCGUUCUAGACCCUGGCCCUGUCAGGGGAGAGCUCGGGGGCAGGCGCAGCAUAGAGACUGUGGACUUGGAGAGUGAGGAGCUGGAGAGCGAUGAGGAGUGGCAGCACCUGAUGGAGGCCACAGAGCCCUCAGCCCUGCAGCCGAGCGCGCCGCUGAGCCUCCUGAGGGACCCGGCCUUCCGGCAGCGUCUCCAGAUCCGCCUUGCAGACUCCAGCCGGCAGGUACUGGAAGGGAUGCUGGAGGGAGCCUCCCAUCUCCGUCCCGCACUCCGUGUUGUGGGCAACCUCCUGGCUACCCAGUGUGACUUGGAGCUUCUGCACCACUUUUGCCAAGAGCUGGAUAUUCCUCUGUUCCUGCUGUGCUUAGCCAAGAAAAUCCUGGAGAACAGUAACACCAAGCAGCAGCCCUGGUGUAUUGUGGUGCUGACAGACCUCAUCGUGGUGACCACAGUUUAUUUCAGCAGUGAGUGCAGCCUGGAGGGGAGCAGGCAGAAGGACAGCCCACAGACCUUCCAAGAGUGUGCCAGCCACUUCCUAGCCCUGCUGCCGGAGCUGCUGGCCCAGCCAGCUGACAGUGAGAUGAGACUCUGCCAGCAAAGCCUCCUGUGCUUCAUCUUGCUCUGCGAGAGCCUGGACAUGAAGUGCCCUUCCAUCUCUGCCCCCUUUUAUGCUAGCCUGAGAGAGAAGCAUCAGCCUGUGUUGAACAGGCUCCUCCAGGGAUUGGCCUCGGAGCAGCCUGCUCUGCAAGGUGCAGCGAUGGAGCCCAGACCAGCCCAUGAGCAGAGGCAGCACGUGAUGGAUCUCUUCACAGCUGCACUGGCUGCUGCCUGCAGCAUCCCCCUGGGGAGGAACGGGUGUCGGGAAGCCAAGCAGCAGGUUUCUCGGGACGUGGCUGAGAAGCUCAUGAAGGGAGAGAGACAGCAACUUGGGAGGCUGCUGGGGAGACUUGAGCAUCCAAACUGUUCUCUCAAUGUGCUCAAGAUCCUCUAUGCUGGCUGCCAUGCCAGCCCAAGCCUGUGCCAGCAGCUGGGAAGGAGCCAGCGAGUGUGUGAUUCCCUCAUGCAGCUCUCGAAGGGCAAGGUCCCUAUGGCAGAUGCAGCCCGAGGGGCAGCCUGCGAGGCCUCCCUGCACCUGCUGGCCCUGCUCAGCCUGCAGCUCCAGGGUUCCCUGCCUGGGCUUGAGGAGGUGGUUACUGUGGCCAUGGAUAUUGUCACUCAGUCUCCUGUUGUUUCCUUUGUGGGUGCUGCAGCAUUCCUCCUGGCCCAGCUCAGCCAGCAAGGGGUGAGUAUGGCCCUCAGGGGAGAGGAGAUUCUACCAGCACUGAGGAACGCACUGACGGCCUCCACCAAGGUAGGGAACGGGAACGGAGGGCCGGGAGGCUGUGCUGUCACACUGCUGAAGCUCCUUGCCCAGGAGGAUGUGGCUGCGGAGCCGAGCUUUGCUGCCUCAGAGCUGUGGCGCGUGGCCUGGCACAGUGUCGUUGCGAUGCUUCGUGUGCCCAGCGAGAAUGCGACGCUGGAAGGAGACAGCCUGGGGACAGGCCACCCCACGUCAGAACCAGACUGGAACCUCCUCUCCCCUCAGGGCAUCCUGCUCUUCCUCAGCCUGGCCCUCUCCGUCUUCACCUGCGAGCCGCAGCAGUGCCUGCCUCAGCUCGCCCAGCCCUGUGGAGGCCUCAUGGAGACGCUAAAGACGCUGCUGUCCCCCCGCUUCCUGGCAUGCCUGGCACAGACGCAAGAAGGGGAAGAUGGAGAUCCUGAGCUUGUCCCAGCUGUGGUGCUCCAGACCUGCCAGCUCUUCUGUUUCCCUUUUGCCCUGGAUGUGGAUGAAGACACCUUGGCAUCACUCACAAAGGGUGUGAGAGACUCCCAGAUCCCUGCCCACCUGCUGCAGGCCUGUUGUCACCAUCUGCCCUUUUCGGACACGGAGCUCCCCAUGAGGCUUUUGUGCCAUUUUGUUGUGUCUGAUGAGCAGGUCAUAGAACAAACUGUGAAGGAGGCGGCUGCCUCCGAGAGCGUUGUUGGCUUCUUGACAACCGCCUUGUUUUCAGACAACUCCUCAAUCACAGCUGACCUCCUGUCCCUCUUGACCCACGUGGCCCGGGUCUGUCCGGAGCACCUGCCCUUUCUUCAGAGGAUCCUGGGGACCUCAGAUGUGGCCGACCAGCCGCUGACCCGCCUGCUUGGCCAUUGGGAACACUCCAUACGUGCCAAAACCUGCAAUCUUCUGGGCAACCUCCUGCGGCACAGCCCUGGCUUUCUGCAGAGCCGGGGGGCUGUGCUGGAGAGCCUGCUGGAGUGCCUGGCAGACCAGGACGAGCGUGUGCGCAAGGCGGCAGCGUUUGCGGUGGGCAAUGCUGCUUACCACGAGUGCUCCCUGGCCGGGCCGCUGGGCAGGGCCGUGCCCGGCCUGACGCGGCUCCUGAGCGACGUGCAGGCCAAGACGCGCUGCCACGCGGCCUCGGCCCUGGGCAACCUGGGCCGGCACUCGCCUGAGCUGGGCGACCUGCUCAUCCAGAGCAAGGCCCCCAGCGUGCUGCUGGAGGUGGCCUGCUGGGACCCGCAGGCGCGCGUGCGGGAAGGAGCCCUUGUUGCGCUGCGAGCCAUCAGCCAGCACCCGGCCGUACAGCAGGUGCUUCUGUCUCUCAGAGCCAGUGAGAAGCUGGCAGCCCUGGCCAGCAGGGACUCCCAGUCCAGCGCUGGCAGAGGCUCCCGCCCCUCUUCCACGCGGCACUGCAGGAAGCUCAUCCACCUUCUCGCAGGCGACGCUGGGGAGUGA